CCCAAUGAGACAUUUUGCUUCCAGUCAACUGAUUUGCUCAAAUCAUUUUUUCUUCUUUCCUCUUAAAAUAUAGAGCCGUAAUGCAUCAUUCUUGUAUGUGUCUGCUCUUAACUUCACCUCAAUACAUUCCUAACUGGAGUUCCUUAAAUUCGCUGUGCUCUUCAUCGUUUAACCAAGUUUUGUAUAACAAACAUGGUACCAUUUUGUUUUCAAUUCAGGGAACUGCAGGAGUUGCCCUUGCUGGCCUUUUGGGAGCUGUAAGAGCACAGGGAAGGCCAAUGAUUGAUUUCUCAAAGAUGAAGAUUGUGGUGGCAGGUGCUGGAAGUGCAGGAAUAGGGGUUCUUAAUGCUGCUAGGAAGACAAUGGCGAGAAUGUUAGGGAAUACUGAAAUUGCUUUUGAAAGUGCAAGGAGCCAGUUCUGGGUUGUAGAUGCCAAGGGUUUAAUUACUGAGGCACGUGAUAAUAUUGAUCCUGAUGCUCGCCCAUUUGCUAGAAAGAUCAAAGAGACUGAACGCCAACGACUGAGAGAAGGUGCAACUCUUGCGGAAGUGGUACACCAAGUGAAGCCGGAUGUACUUCUUGGUUUGUCUGCUGUUGGAGGCUUGUUUUCAAAAGAGGUAUUGGAAGCCCUUAGACAUUCAACUUCAACUCGGCCUGCAAUUUUUCCAAUGUCAAACCCAACAAGAAAUGCUGAAUGCACCCCUGAGGAAGCAUUUUCUAUUGUUGGUGACAACAUUAUUUUUGCAAGUGGAAGUCCAUUCAAGGAUGUGGAUCUUGGAAAUGGUCAUGUUGGACACUGCAACCAAGCAAACAACAUGUUCCUUUUUCCUGGAAUAGGACUUGGUACUCUCCUGUCGGGAUCUAGAAUUGUUUCAGAUGGCAUGUUGCAGGCUGCAGCUGAGUGCUUGGCUGCAUAUAUGACAGAGGAGGACGUCCUCAAGGGGGUUAUAUACCCUUCGAUAUCCAGGAUACGUGAUAUAACAAAGGAGGUAGCUGCAGCUGUGGUAAAGGAAGCUAUAGAAGAGGAUCUAGCAGAAGGAUACCGUGAAAUGGACAGUCGAGAGUUACGGAAACUUGAUGAGGCACAAAUAUCUGAGUUCGUGGAGAAAAAUAUGUGGAGUCCGGAUUAUCCAACAUUGGUUUACAAGAAAGAUUGAUCAUCCUCGCUGCUAGCACCUUUUCAUCUCUCUCGCAGCAUAAGCACGGGGUGCGAUGGAUCUGACAGAAUCAUGGACAUUUUUGCACACGAUGGCUCUUCAACAUUUGACAGGCUGAGGACUUCUUGAAUAUUGGGUAGUCCAUACGUUGGUUGUCUGUAAAAGUGAAUAAAUGCCCUUCUCUUCCUUGCAUGAUUUUGAGCAUCUUGUUGUACAAAUGUACUAUAAAUAGCCCUCUUAUGUAGGUGGUGUGUACAAGUGGUUGAAGUUGUGAUAGUUCUGUAUACUCUUUCUGCAUUGUAUAAUAAAGGAUAACCAGCAUUCAGAGUUUUAAGUGUUUAUUUUUUACUCUCA